GGCGGAACCAUCGUCAUUGGGAAACGGAGGGAAAUUUAAACUAGUCGGACCGCUCUGCUUCAGUCUCCGCAGCGGCAAGUCGGGGUCGAUUAGCCAUUCACACGAAAUCCUCUUUUAACUUACAUGAACGGGCCGACCUUAUCAGCUAUAGACAACCACAAACUCGUCACAAACUUUAAAAUGAUGGAGGUACAGCUUGAUCAGAAUUUAGACUCCCCCUCCAAAAACAGCUACAUCGGCAGCUACUACCAGCCUCCUGAGAGGAUACUGUCAGUAUCAAGAGAGCUGCAGUUUCCUGCUCAUUCGCCCGUAAGCGCAGAUCAGACUGUCAGCCAUUCGUCUCAAACCACACGAAAUCUGGACAGCAAAGGUGUUGUCGAUGCACUGAAAACCCUUCAGGAGAAAAUCCGGCGUUUGGAACUGGAGAGAAAGCAAACAGAGAGGACCUACAUUCAGGUCUCCCAUGAUGCUCAGAGGCAACCAUCACAAACAGCAGCUAGCGUCCCAGGCACAGACUACUCCGCCAAAACUGAGUUGGAUUUAAAAUUGCAGUCCGCUGAAAGUCGUUGUAAAAUUCUUGAGAAGCAGCUGGAAUACAUGAGGAAAAUGGUUGAGAAUGCCAAGAAGGACAAAAGUGCUGUACUGGAAAAUCAGGCCUCGCUACAGAACCAACAAACAAGCAACUUAAAUAACCAAACUCAGCAGGACAAGCUGGAAAAACUUGAGUCCGAGUGUCUCAAACUGAGCAGAACCCAAACUCUGGCAGAGACAAAACUGGCUGUUCUGGAGCAGAAGCUUUUGCAAGAAGAGCACGAGCGCAAACUAAUCCAGGAAAAGGCAGAAGAGCUACAGAGGGAGUUUGACAUCAGUCUGCGACUGUCUGUUCCAGUAAGUGAAGAAACAAAGCCACAAAGGAAAACAAAGAAGGCAGUUACGAAACCAUCCAGCCAGCAUGAGCAGACAUCAUGCAGCCCCAGGCGAGCAAAAAUGCCUUUUGUUGCAGGAACAUCUACGAGUCCAAGCCAUUCGGUCCACGCCAACGUGCAAAGCAUCCUCCACAUGAUGAAGCACCACCAUCCUCAGCUGUGUGAACGAGCGAGCUCCCUGCAUAAGCCCCGACGUGGAGCCAAGAAAAGCCUCCAGAAGGACUUCUCUCCACCUCCAACCCCUUUGCCAAAAUCGGAUCGCUCUUCCACGGAUUUGUCUCUGAGCUCCCUGACAGACCUGCUCCUGACUCUUCAGGACGAGCUCGGGCAAAUGAGCUUUGAGCAUCAGGAGCUGGUUGGUCAAAUAGAAGCGAGCCAGAGUGCAGAACAGAAGCAGGAGCUGCACAGAGAUCUGGAGAAGCUGACGGCGAGGAUGGAAGAAAAAGAAGCUCAAAUCACAAAGCUGCGCAAGCACCAACAGCAGAUCCGUAAACUGACCCAAAGCCAGUCACAUGAUGAGGGCCACACGGUCAGGAAGCGUGUUGAGAUCAAGCCUCCUGCUCCCUCCACAGUUAAGGCUAAACAAACUGCAAAAAGCUCAACUCGAAACAACCUGCAGCUCCUCAGGGAGACGAAGAAGUUGAGAAGCAGCCUGAAGCAAGACGACAUCUCCUGGGAAACAUAAAGCUGGCACCGUCGAGCAGAACUUUGCUUUUUUUUUUUUUUUUACCAGUCUUUGAUGCUCACUCCGUUUCCUUACAGAUUUUAUUUUUGAACUUCCUGGAAGCCUUUAGUGUUUUUAAAUAAAUGAAAUAAAAUGAUUUAUUUGUUUUUC